AGAGAAAGUUCAGCACCACAUCCACUCUCAUCUGCAACAAGAAAAGAAAAGGAAGCUUUUCGAAGUGUGACUGUAUAACUAUAUAUAUAUAUAUGUAUAUGGUGUGGAGGAGUAAGGGUGUUGUUGAUGGGUAAAGGAAGACCUAGGGCUGUGGAGAAGGGGGUGGUGGGCCCCAAUUUGAGCUGUGCUUCGUCUUCUUCGUUGACCAUACCGUCUGCGCCGGUGUAUUAUCCGAGUGAGGAUGAGUUUAGGGACCCUUUGGAGUAUAUAUGCAAGAUCAGGGCUGAGGCUGAGCCGUACGGGAUUUGUAGGAUAGUUCCGCCGGAGAGCUGGAAGCCUCCUUUUGCUUUGGACUUGGAGAAGUUCACGUUUCCGACAAAGACGCAGGCGAUUCAUCAGUUGCAGGUGAGGCCUGCUUCGUGUGAUUCCAAGACUUUUGAGCUGGAGUAUAAUAGGUUUUUGGAGGAUCAUUGCGGGAAGAGGCUGAGGAGGAAGGUGGUGUUUGAGGGGGAGGAGUUGGAUUUGUGUAAGCUGUUUAAUGCGGCCAAGAGGUAUGGGGGGUAUGAUAAGGUUGUGAAGGAGAAGAAGUGGGGGGAGGUUGUGAGGUUUGUGAGGUCGGCCAGGAAGGUGUCCGAGUGUUCAAAGCAUGUUUUGCAUCAGUUGUAUUUGGAGCAUUUGUUUGAGUACGAGGAGUAUUAUAAUAAGCUGAAUAAAGAGGGGGCAAGAGGUUGUAAGAGGGGUUUGCAGGAAGAGAAGAAUGGUGAAUGUUCUAGCUCCAAAAGGAGGCGAACGAGUAAUAACGAUGGUGAGAGGGCUAAGGUUCGUAAGGUAAAGAAGGAAGAGGAGGAGCAUGAUCAGAUAUGUGAGCAAUGCAGGAGUGGUCUGCACGGGGAAGUGAUGCUUUUGUGCGAUAGGUGUGAUAAAGGGUGGCACAUUUACUGUCUCUCUCCGCCGUUGAAACAGAUCCCGUCCGGGAAUUGGUACUGCUUAGAUUGCUUGAAUUCUGAUGAAGAUUGUUUCGGUUUUGUGCCUGGAAAGCGUUUCUCACUGGAGGCUUUUAGGCGUGUGGCUGAUCGGGCCAAGAAGAAAUGGUUUGGGUCAGGACCUGCAUCUCGGGUGCAAAUAGAGAAAAAGUUCUGGGAAAUUGUGGAGGGUUCCAUCGGUGAAGUUGAAGUUAUGUAUGGCAGUGACCUGGAUACUUCCAUUUAUGGGAGCGGUUUUCCGCGAGUAAAUGACCUGAAACAAGAGUCUGUUGAUGCCAAGAUAUGGGAUGAAUAUUGCGGUAGCCCAUGGAAUCUCAAUAACUUGCCCAAGUUGAAAGGAUCAGUUCUUAGAGCUGUUCAUAAUAACAUUACUGGUGUUAUGGUGCCUUGGCUCUAUAUGGGGAUGCUGUUUUCAUCUUUUUGCUGGCAUUUUGAAGAUCAUUGUUUUUAUUCAAUGAAUUAUCAUCACUGGGGAGAGCCCAAAUGUUGGUACAGUGUCCCUGGUAGUGAAGCCGGUGCUUUUGAGAAGGUGAUGCGUAACAGUCUUCCUGAUCUUUUUGAUGCACAACCUGAUUUGCUCUUUCAGCUUGUCACCAUGUUAAAUCCCUCUGUUUUGCAAGAAAAUGGAGUUCCUGUAUACAGUGUCCUACAGGAGCCUGGAAAUUUUGUCAUCACCUUCCCCAGGUCUUACCAUGGAGGUUUUAAUCUUGGUCUGAAUUGUGCAGAGGCUGUCAAUUUUGCCCCUGCUGACUGGCUACCUCAUGGUGGGUUUGGAGCGGGGCUCUAUCAGCUUUAUCACAAAACUGCAGUUCUAUCUCACGAGGAGCUUGUUUGUGUGCUAGCCAAGGUUAGUGACUGUGACAGCAGAGUAUCACCGUAUUUGAAGAAAGAAUUGAUAAGAAUAUAUAACAAGGAGAAAACCUGGAGGGAGCGCCUUUGGAGAAAAGGAAUCGUCAAAUCAUCUCUUAUGUCCUCUCGAAAAUUCCCUGAAUAUGUUGGUACUGAGGAGGAUCCUACAUGCAUUAUAUGCCAGCAAUAUCUUUACCUCUCUGGUGUGGUUUGUCGUUGUCGGCCAUCCACAUUUGUAUGUCUGGAGCACUCAGAACGUCUUUGUGAAUGCAAAUCCAGCAGACUUCGUCUUCAUUAUCGCCAUACACUAGCAGAAUUGCACGAUAUGGUGCUUGCAAUGGAUAAACAUGAUUGUGAGGAGACAACACAAAGUAGAACAAAGAAAAGACAACUCCAAUGCUCUAAUGAACCAACUGCGUUAACAAAAAAGGUCAAGGGUGGUCAUGCCAGUUUCGCUCAACUUGCGGACCAAUGGCUUUUGCGUGCGUGCAAGAUUUUUAAGAGUCUGUUUUCUAGAGAAGACUAUGUUAAUGUACUGAAAGAGGCUGAACAAUUUGUCUGGGCCGGUUCAGAGAUGAAUAAUGUUCGGGAAACGGCAAAUAAUUUGAAAGAAGCUCGGAAAUGGGCAGAGGGUGUGAGGAAGUCGGUAUCUAAAAUUGAAAGUUGGUCAUCUAAUCACGACAAGGAUAUAGAGAAGGUUCGUGUGGAAUAUAUCAAUGAGUUGCUGAGUUUUGAUUCGUUGCCCUGUGACGAGCCUGGGCAUCUUAUUUUGAAGGGUUACGCUGAAAAGGCAAGGAUGUUGAUAGAGGAAAUCAAUACCGCAAUGUCUUCAUGCUCAAAAGUCCCUGAAUUGGAAUUGCUGUACAACAGAGUUUGUGAGUUUCCCGUUUAUGUAACAGAAAGCGAAGGGUUGCAACAGAAAAUUUUGUCUGCAAAGGUUUGGAUAGAAGGCAUAACAAAAUGCAUCUCUGAGAAACAGCCUGCUGCAAUUGAGCUGGAUGUCCUGUACAAGUUGAAAUUGGAGAUCCCAGAAGUGGAAGUUCAACUCCCACAGAUAGAAGUGCUUUCUGAUCUAGUAAGAAAAGCUGAAUCAUGUCAAGCUCAAUGCGUCGAAAUUUUGAAAGGUCCUAUUACCCUCAAGGAUGUUGAGGCGCUGCUUCUAGAAUGGGAUACUUUUUCUGUCAACGUACCGGAGUUGAAGCUUCUGAGGCAGUACCACACUGAUGUUGUUUCUUGGAAUGCUCGAUUGAAAGCUGUUCUUACGAAAAUUCAUGAAAGAGAGGAUCAAGAUACUGUAGUUGAUGAGUUAGAGCACAUUCUAAAGGAUGGGGCAUCUUUGAAAAUCCAAGUUAAUCAGAUGCCUGCGGUUGAGUUUGAGUUGAAAAAGGCUAGGUGCAGGGAAAGGGCUUUGAGGAUGCGAGAAACUAUAGUGUCUCUGGACUUCAUUCAAGAAGUGAUGGUGGAUGCACAAGGUUUACAUAUUGACGGAGAACAAAUAUUUGUUAAUAUGUCGAAAGUACUUGAUGCUGCCAUCCAAUGGGAGGAAAGAGCAAAAUAUAUUCUUGCACAUGGAGCUCAGAUAUCUGACUUCGAGGAUGUACUUAGGAGUUCGGAAAACAUACAUGUGACUUUACCUUCUCUCCUUGAUGUUAAGGAGGCACUAUCAAAGGCUAUGGCCUGGUUGAGUAGAUCUGAGCCGUUUCUUCUGCAUUGUUCUUCAUUGGAAUCUGCCUCGAGUUCUUUGCUGAAAGUUGACACGUUGAAGGCGUUGAUUUCUGAGUCGAAAGAUCUAAAAGUAUCUAUGAAAGAAAUCAAGAUUCUUGAAACUGUUUUGAGGAACUGUGAGGAAUGGAAGCAUGAUGCUUGCUCUCUACUGCAAGAUACAAGGUGCCUAUUGGAUAUGGCGACCAACGGUGAGGGGAUAAGCGAGGGGCUUAUUUCCAAGAUAGAACAUGUACUUGCAAGGAUAGGAUCCAUGGAAAAUACUGGUUUAUCUCUUACGUUUGACUUUGUUGAGCUUGCAAAACUCAAGGAUGCUUGUUCUCUGCUGCAAUGGUGUAAGAAGGCUAUCUCUUUCUGCUUUGCUGUUCCUACUCUCGAGGAUAUUGAGAGUUUGAUAAGUGAUGCAGAGACUUCAUGUUGUACAGAUUCAUCUGGUGCACUCUUUGACUCGUUGUUUGAAGGAGUCAAAUGGCUUAAGCAAGCAACAAAGAUUAUUUCUGCACCUAGCAAUUCUACAAGUUGCAAGUUGAGUGAAGCUGAAGAAGUUCUUGCUGAUUGUCAGAGUAUUAAUAUCUCCUUCCCUCUGACAGUUACUCAAAUUGAAGGUGUCAUUGAUAAACAUAAGUCUUGGCUUGAGCAAGUGCAUCAAUUUUUCAGCCUAAGGGUGGCGGAACGAUCUUGGUCUCUUAUACUACAGCUAAAGGAGCUUGGGAUAGCUGGUGCUUUCAAUUGCGCAGAACUAGAUUCAAUAAUAUCUGAAGUUGAAAGGGUUCAGAAGUGGAAGAGACAAUGCAUGGAUAUUUUCAGAAUUGCAGAAGAGAAUUCACUGCUCUGUGCUCUAGAAAAGUUACAACAGACUCUGGAUAGAUCUAUGCAAAUAUAUGACAAGGCAAAUGGGUUGAGUGAGAAAGGUUCUUAUGCAUGCUGCUCCGUUGGUUCUCUGGAUCAGGAGUUUGUUACCUGUUCUUCGUGCAAGGAAUGCUACCAUUUGCGGUGCUUAGGAUCUUUGACAGUAUAUGGGAAACACUCGGAGUAUGUGUGCUUGUGUUGCCAGUAUCUGGUAUCUGGAACAUUGCAAAAUGAAGGAAAUCCUCGGGGUUUUGGAGGAGUUCGUCUAGCACUUCAAAAGAUUGUUGAACUUUUAUCUGAAGAGGAUUUCUGUGUUUGUAUGGAAGAAAGAGAUAUAUUGAAAGAGGUUUUGAAGAAAGCUCGGGUAUGCAAGACACACCUGGAAGCACUAGUGGACUUUGCAUUAGCUUAUUUGGACAAGGAUCUCAGUGUCAUAUUUGCAAAGCUAGCCACUGCUUUAAAGGCUGUUGAAUUAGAAGGCUUGUAUGAUGAUGAAGGUUAUUGCAACCUUACAUUGGCACUAUCAAGAUACUCAUGGAAGGUCAGAGUUGAAAGAUUACUGGAGGGUUCAAAAAAGCCCACAAUCUACCAGAUUCAACAGCAUUUAAAAGAGAGAGUGGCCGUGAACAUUCCCCCUGAAGAUUACUUUAAGCAAAAACUUACAGAACUGAAGUGCAGUGGCUUGCAGUGGGCAGAUAAGGCUAAGAAGGUUGCUGCUGAUUCUGGGGCUCUACCCCUGGACAAAGUUUUUGAACUUAUUUCUGAGGGUGAAAACUUGCCUGUUCUUGUAGAAAAGGAACUUAAGCUAUUGAAAGAUCGGAGUAUGCUUUAUUGCAUAUGUAGAAAGCCUUAUGAUCAGAGAGCAAUGAUUGCAUGUGACAAAUGUGAUGAGUGGUAUCACUUUGGUUGUAUGAAACUACGUUCCACACCCAAGGUUUACAUAUGCCCUGCAUGUGAGCCUCUAGCAGAAACGUUGCCUACAUCAUCAGUAGUUCCCUGUACUGAUGCCAAAUUUGUAGAACCGAAAACGCCCUCCCCCAAGCACACAAAGCCCAGGAUGAGCCCAAACAAAGAAGAAUUCAUUGCAACACAAAAGGUUGCAAGUACAGAUGACGCCAACGUGUUUAGGUGUUCCAGUGGGAUAGACCGUCUAUGGUGGCGAAAUCGGAAACCUUUCAGAAGGGUGGCCAAAAAACGAGCUGAGCUUGAUUGUCUAUCUCUAUUUUCUCAUGUGCAACAAUGAGUACACAUCAAAAUCUCUUGUUUAGCCGUUAUUUAAUUAAUUCAUUGAUUAUAAUU